AACGUGCUCGUUGUUAGGGCUGAGCGCACAGGUGAGCUGAGCUUCAGUCUCGCUGUGUGGAUCAGGUGAAACAUGGGGAAACUUCAAGAGUUUGAGAUCACGUUUGACAAAAACAAAGAGGUGUACAGUGCGGGAGAGUCGAUCUCUGGAACCGUGAAGAUAAAGCUGGCUCAGGCUCUGCUGUGUAAAGCCAUCAAAGUGAACUGCAAUGGUUUCUGUGGCAUCACCAGUAAGGUAAAUGACACGGCAUGGACGAUGGAGGAGCAGUACUUCAACAGCUCCGUCUCUGUGGCAGACAAAGGAACCCUGAAAGAGGGAGAACACACUUUCCCCUUCAAGUUUCUCAUACCAGAAACGGCUCCAACAUCUUUCGAAGGAAACUACGGUCGGAUCGUUUACAGAGUGAGGGCUUUCAUCGACACUCCACGGUUUGCAAAGGACUACAACACGGAGAAACCUUUCUACAUGCUACGACUUCUAAACCUGAAUGAAGUGCCAGACAUAUGGGGAACCUCUUCGUCUGCAGUGACUCAGCAGUUCACCUACAUGCUGAUGAAAACGGGCACCGUUGUCCUGAAGGCUCAGGCUGACAUGAAGGGUUACACACCGGGUCAGAUCAUCCAGGUGACAGCCUUAAUCCACAACCAGUCAGGGAAGAACACAGGCAACAUGGCCGCCAGUCUGAUGCAGAGAGUGACGUAUGAGAUGAAGAGGCCGGUCCAUGAUUUGAGGACGAUAGCGGAGGUGGAGGGAGGUGUGGUGAAGGCUGGUAAGGAGGUGGAGUGGAAGGAGCAGAUCAUCAUUCCUCCUCUUCCUCAGUCCUCCCUCGUCGGCUGCGAUCUUAUUAAGAUUGAAUAUUAUGUCAAGGUCAGUCUGAAGUCUCCGGAUGUCUCGCUGACGUUACCCAUCCACAUCGGGAACGUCUCACUGGACAAAAAACUGCGCUCUUCCAAAAAAGCAGCUCCUCCUUCCUCCUCCAGAGAUGAAGCUACACCAGCCCCCGUCGCCACCCCCGACAUCUCCAUCUCCACCUAUGAAACCACCCCCACGCUGCCUCCUCGCCCUGCCCCUAAACCCGCUCCCCGUCCCACCCCGCGGUCCCGGAUGUCCUCCCAUAAUUCCCCCAGUGCUCCUCCAGCUGAUUACCAGCAGGGGGCCGAAGGCGGAUCUCCGAUGAACGACGGGUACCCCAACAAGCGGCAGUCUCAGCUGGUGUCGCCCAACGCCUUCAGCUACGCCCCCGGCCUCUUCUUCCCCCAGAACCAGCAGCAGAACGUGCCUGGUACAGUACCGGGUGGGUCCCCAGGGGCCACAGCUCCAUACCCAACUGGGGGGGCCGUCGCCAUGCCAACACCAAACAUCCUGCCUCCCGACUACGGCACCUCAUCUUAUCCACACGAGGGUGACGAAGCCAGCAAGACGUUGUGAGAAGCUAAACAAUCAUGUCGGCUGACAAGGUACAGUAAUAUUAAUGGAUUUACCCCAAAUAUGACUCUGCAAGCGUCUUCAGCCCAUUGUUUACAAACUGUUUGCAGUUACACAGCGUAUGGAAACCCUCUACUAAGGUCAUAAAAUACAGUAAAAACACAAUGCAACUAUAGAUGCCCGGUGGUUAAGGGACCCCUAGUCUAUACGACCCAAAAAUAUCCCAAAACAAUGAAUGAUAAAAGUAUUAACUGUGUGAUAUAUAUAUAUAACAGAGGGUUUGUGCAUGUCUGACUGUUUGUGUUACAGAGGCGCCUCCUUCUUAUGACGAGAGCUGCAACACAUGAAGAACCAGAAAAUGUCCUCCAGGAUCAGUUCAACCUAAAAUCAAACAAAAGCUUGAGCUCCAGCUGUAGUUCCAGUCAUUUUUAAACCAAAUUGUAAGUUUCAAGUUUUAUAAAUGUCACGGAAUCAAGAUUUUGAUUUGAAACUACAGUCAAAUAACCUUCAGCUCUGCUGCCCAGUGAACAAGGAGCCUCUGUCAUAAUCCCACUGGAGUUAUUCUUAACUUGUUUUGUAAGUUUUAGCACUUUGAAAGAAAGGACAGAUGAGGAGAUAAUGCUUAGUUUUAUGUGCUGAUCUUUAUGUGUUUUCAGUUUUUUAGGAAUUCCGUCAUUGGCGUCUGUGAUGUCACAUUUUAUGUAAAAAAAAAAAAAAUCUGCAAAGCAAACCAUCUCAUUUAUUGUUUCCGAAGCCUGUUGAUAAUUAACCCGAGGAUUUCUCUUAUUGUUAACCUUUAUCCUUUUAGGCGUUUUAAUUUGAAUGAUUAAAACUGAGUGGAUGGUUUGCUUUGGAAAGAUCUCUUUUAUUUACCUUUGAUCAGCUUUUUUUUAUGUUUUUAUGGCUGUGAAAAAUCAAGACUUAAAGGUCACAUAUUAUGCAAACUUCAAUCCACAGUGUUUUUCUAACACUAAUAUGUGUCUCUAGUAUGUCUACAAACCCCCCAGUUAUGAGUCCAUCACCAUCCUCUCUGUCUUUUGACCUGUCACAUAUUAUGCAAAAUACACUUUACCAUGUUUUUCAAACACAACAUGUGUCCCUAGCCUGACCACAAACCGUCCAUCCUCUCCGUCUUUUGCCUGCUCCACUUUUCAGAAAAUGUGCGAUUUUCCCUUGAUGACAUCACAAAGGGCAGUAGCCCCUCCCCUAGGUGGGUGACACUCUCACAGCUAGGUGUUUGUUCUGCCACCUGAGUCUGCCUUCUCACCGUAAAGAGUUGGGCAUGGAGUAAAAAGCCAGAGUCACACCCCCUCCAGAGAGGGGGCGUGGUCAGACACAGCUCAUUUACAUUUAAAGCUACAGACACAGAAACAGCCUGUUUCUGGGCAGGAUUGAAAUAGAGGGGUUUAUAGGCAUGAUCAAAUACAGGAUCAGAGUGGAUUUAGAACAAUAAACUUCACAGACAUGUUUUGGGGAGCUCUGAGGCUUAUUUAAACUGGUUGUAAAGGAAAUUCAUAAGUGACCUUUAACUCAAUGUUGACAUGCACAUAUAGUAGGUUUGUCUGACCAGCUGCAAUCCUUGUUUACAAUAUUCUCAGUAGUUCAGGUGACUAUAGAUAUCCAAACAUGUUCUUAAAAUAAAGAUAAUGAAGUUAAAUGUGAUCAGUCAAAUAACAUUUUUUUGAACAGUUUAAGACGUCCAUAAUUAUUUUUAUUAAUUAAGGCUUUGUUAUCAUAAAGCUGCAAUACAAACAAGGGAAAUGACACUUAGACAAACAACAAAUUGAGAUAUAUACAAUUAUAUUAUAUACAAGUGGUCAUAACUGAUUUUAUACGGCAAGAAAAAUAAAUUGCACAAGUCGAAAUAUGGAUCGUACUUCUUCAACGAUGUGCUGUGUGACCAUAUCCUGAAUAGAUAUUGAUGUUUUUUUUACCCAACAUCCCUAAAGUUUGUUUUAUGUUCCACAUACCUGAACUGUGAAACUACAUUAACAUAAAGGACCAACCUUUUUUUUACAACAUCCUGCGAUAGUUGAUAUUUUCUACUAUUCAAAAAGGAAUAACUGAAAUCAAUAAUUAAUCCAAAACAUUUUUCGUUUUAACAUUUUUGAAUAAUUAUAAUAUUUCUACAUUUGGAGAAAUAUAUUUGUAAUAUGCCAAAUGUGUUUGACCUUUAACCUUCAGUCCGAGACUCCCCUUAUAAAUGAUUAUAAAACUGGUGAAAGUUGCUUAUGAUCAGCUCUCCAGAUUAAAUGUUAAAAAGCUCACCAUAGACUUCCUUUUGAGAAAUGCCUCUGUUUACUAUAAUUCUCUUCUCUUUGUUUUGUAUGUAUGUAGGUUAUAUUGUUUUUCUCCUACUGAAUGGUUCUUAGUCCCUUCUUUUUUAAACUGCUGUAAAUGAACGCAGAAUCACUUAAGGUGUUAUUUUUAUUCCUUUCUUGUUGUUGUUCACAUUAUUUGUCAGAAUCAGAGAGUUCUGUGAAUAUGUCUUCAUAUUACUUGAUCAUGUUAAAUACAUCAAACAUGCAGAAGGUCAACAUUUUAUUUAUUUAUUGUUUUGAUUGAUCUGGAUUUCAAUAAAACUGUAAAAACUG